UAUAACACGUGUAUAUAAACAAUGGAGAUUAUUUCUGAACACGAACCUCAGUCGAGUUUACGGCAUGUUGUCUUGCAUUUUCUAAACGCGUUUUUGUCUCUUUUUUUAAACACACGCAUUAACUGUGAGUCGAUAAACCCGUUAUCUUUGUGCGCUGGUGUGUGUGUUUGAAGAGGCAGUGUUUUAGAUGGCUGUAAAUUGAAAUGCAUUUGAAACGCGAAUCACCGCGAACGGCAGAUGACACGCAAGGAUUAAUAUGUUUUUUAAAAUGAAAAAAAAACUGCGUGGAAAAGGACCCGAUUUUGACGCUGCGAGUUUUAAAGCGCAGGCUGGCUGGAGCGUAACUACGUCACGGUGCAGCUGCGUGCGGACACGUCGGAAAGCGAUUCUCUCCGUGAAAUAAACUUCAAAGUGACGCAGUUGUCCCUCGAAGGCUGGGCAGCGGGUCACUCAGCGAUGAACCCCGAUCCUGAUGUCAGUGCGUCCGCGUCCAGACCCAUUCAGUGGGUCGUUUCAGAGGACCGGAGGGUGCAGAUCAGAGAGGAGACCACAGGGCUGCUGGAGAAGGAGGGUCACACUGGGGGAGUCCAAAUUAAACAGGAGCUCCCUGAACUUCAGUGUAGCCACACUGAAGAGGAAGGCAGAGACCUGGACCCUGUGUUUAUGAAAGAGGAGGGUCCCGAACCAGGAUUUCAGGACUGUCCCGGAUCAGAACUCGACGGGACCCGUGAGGAGGAGGGGGAGGGGGACACUGGGAGAAGACCUCUUCAGAAGAAACGUCCCACCUGUCUGUCAAAAUCAUCCCGCGCGUCUCGGCCGGUCCCUGCGGUUCUUGAAAAGACUCGGAGAGGCAGAUCAGCUUCUUCCUCUGCAGCAGGCAGGGAGAGCCCCUCUCCUCCCUCUCUCUCGUACCCGUGUCCUCACUGCCAGACCUGCUUCACUGGAGAGCUGUACCUGGAGAGACACGUCAAGAAGUCUCACAGGGAGCAGUACCUGCAGCUGCUGAGGAACCGAACGGGAGCAAACCUGUCUUCCCUGCACUCAAAACAGAAGCGAUCCCAGAACCCCGCCGUACGGAAGGAGCCCCUCUCCCCUUGGGAGCAGACGAACCCGGAGCCGGAGAGGAGUCUGGGAGCUCCUGUGAAAGACGGGCGCGGGGAUCCCGCGGGGAGGGCGUUCUGCACCUGCCGUGAAGCUGCCCUGCACCAGCGGGAGAACCAGAGAGACACCAAGAGACAGAAAACCUCCCGGCAGGGCCCCAGCGAGGCCCCGUCGGCGGCGCGCCGUUUCCUCCGGAUGCUGCUGGAGGCCGAUGUCCCGCUGGAGAAGGCGGAACACCCUUCGGCGCUGGCCUUUCUGGAAGCCUGGGGGAGCGUGGGAUCCCCCAGGGAUUGCCUCCCGGAUCUGUACGCGGAAGAACGGGAGGGAGUCCGGGUGAGGCUCCGAGGACGCGCCCUGGCGGUCUGCGUGGAGGAGCUGAGCGACGCCGGGGGAGGGAGCAUCCUGAACGUCCUGGCCGCCCCCGUCCUGGGAGAGGAGAGCCGGCUGGGGAGAGCUUACCUGCUCCAGACCAGGUUCUGCGCCGCUGUCUCGCCCAGCGCUGUGGCUCAACUGGUGGUGCAGAGCCUGUCCCGCUACGAGAUCGGAUUCGAGGACGUGCGGGUGUUGGAUACGGACGGGUCGGCUUGCAUGAGGGGCAGCUACGUCCACGUGCUCCGGGGCCUGUUGACCAACUGCGUCCACGUGACCUGUCUGGGCCGCGUUGUAGAGGCCGUGUUGGGAGCUUUCCAGAAGCCUUUCCGUCUCGCCGCUCGCUACGCCGAGCUCUUCCAGCGGCUGCUGGCGGCGCCGGGGGGCGGGAGGUCGCGUUACCGGCAGUGUCUCCGGGAGGUGAACCCCACGGCGAUCGCCCCGGCUCUCCCUGAACCGCUCCACACCUCCUGGAGCUCCGGCGUCACGGCAGCCCAGCACCACAGCGAGCACCUGGGACUGCAGAGGGAGUUUGUGGAGAGAGAGAUGGAGCGGAGUCCCUGCAGUACCCUGCGCAGCCUGCAGGAAAUCCUCCUCGACUCGGAGAAGGUCUCGAACCUCCAGUCGCAGCUCUCCUUCCUGUCCGAAAAGUCGGCGAGGGUCACCGCGCUGCUGGGCCGGUUCCGGCCCGGCGUUCCCGUGACGACGGACUUCGUGGACACGCUGGAGGAGUUGCGGGGGUAUUUAGAGUCCCAGCGGCAGAGCUGCGAGGAGGCGGAGACCCCCCUCUCUCUCCAGAGUGGACUCUCCCGGCAGUUUCACAGUGCUUUCCAGGGGGCUGCCUCAGAGCUAGACCAAUACGUCUCGGGGGACACACAGCCUGCGUAUGAAUUCUUGAAAGCCGCGAGGAUUUUUGAUCCGGCGAAGGUUCAGUUCCUGUCCCAGAAGAGGGAGGACUACACUGUGAUCCCAGGAUGGGAUGAGAUCCCCAACCAGGAAUUCCAGACCUAUCGGCAGAUCCUAGCACCCGAGUUCGUAGCGAACCGCCAGAGGGGUGCGGAUGGGGAGAGACUUGAGGCAUUCUGGAGGCGUGCCUCCCUCGCAGUCCCUGGACUGUCCCGUCUGGCUCUGAGCCUUUUGAAUGCGGUGGUGAAUUGGACGGACCCCCCCUCGCGGCCUGGGGUUCGAGGGACUGGUCCGAUCGCAAAGACAGAGGCUGCUGUCCGAGGGCGAUAUGGAGAAGGAGGCGUUUCUGUGGUUCAAUAUCAGCAAGGAGGGGCGAGACUUUGCAAAGGACUCGUUCUGACAUUUUCAUGUCAUAAAAAGCAGCAAUUAAAAAUAAGAUGACAUUAUUGUACGAAAUAAUAUUUACUUAUUAUUAGUUGGUAUGGUAAUCCUGAAAUGAAGAGAGCGGAUUUGGGAUCACAGAUGAACCCCCCCCCUCGAUAUAAGUGUGUGUUUCUGAACACAUUUUGGGGAAGCAUUUGGCGUAAGAAAUAUCGGUCUACCUCAUUUUAUUUUUCAUCACUUUUUUCUUGUUUUUUUCUUCAGAUUUUUACAGCAACAUCAUUAGCAAAUAAGGUGUAUUUUUCUUCAUGGUUAUCAUGAAUUUCAUGAUAUCUGUAGUUCCCUGUGAAAGAAUAGUUUAAGGAAAUAUAAAUAUUUUGUGUCCCUUCAAAAUAAAUCCAACAAACGUUUGCCAGA